AUGGAUAAUAGGGUUUGCGCGUCGCCUCCGUCUAUUAUAUAUCGCGCGCCUCACUUUCAGCAACAUACAGUUAAUCUACCCAUUUGGAAUCCCAUUCAACCCUUAACAGUAACACUACCUACAAACGAAGGUCCAACAAGUAAAAAAGUUGUGCCACAAGAAGUGCGAUUUGUUUCUCCCGUUAUUGAGCACAACGAUUCGGUUACCAUUUCCGAAAGCGAGACGUCAAACGAUUCCCCGAAGAAUCUGGAGAACAACAAGACGGCGCAGCUGCCAACGACCUUGAAACAAGCAAAUCAACGGGAAAAAGACGUUUACAGAAAUUGCCAAAAAGUUGGCCCUCAAGUGACGAAAGAUCAUCCCGGAAGACAUCGAAAGACGGUUGCAUUCGGACGGACAACAAACGUGUCUCAGACUGUUGAGGCUCCCAAUGACAUUGCGGCUUUUCAAAGAGGAUUUCAACUUGUUCGUCAACCUCAAACUGCGACGACAAUGGAGAUGCAUCAACCAGCUGCCGAGAAAGCGCAGGAGAACAAAGAAAAUGCUCCUCAAACGAAGGUAACUCUUCAAACAAAUGCUCGUAUGCACGGAACUUCCAACACCAAAAAUAUCACUGAUUGGCGGCCCGGUUUUGAAGCAAGCCAGCGAGAAAUUACUGGAUUAAAGAAAGAGGUGGCUUCAUUGAAAGAAGAAAUGGAAGAACUAAAGAAAAAGAAUGCUCAGCAAAACGAAGUGAUCGUCAAGUUACAAGGACAAGUGAUUGAUCUACUCACUGACAAGAAAAGAGCAAACUUGAAUCUUUCGUCAGUCAGCGUUCAAGAAACAAUAAGCGCUCGCCACGAUACAUCACAUAAUCGUACUGCAUACCAAGAGGGAAGAGGAGCGCCAGCAAAGAAUCGAGGAACUAAUAAGAUAAUGGCUGGAGAACAGAGAAAGUUUUCGCCAAAGUUAGAGCAAAUUUUGAGUUCGGAUGCUGGAAUUGUGGAAUCUUUAUGGGCCAAUGAUAAUCCCGAAUCAAUGGUUGUCUCAGUACAACGUACUCCAAUCCAUUCGGUGUUCGAUCUUCCGCCUAGACUUGAUAAAAAGAGAAAUUCCGUAACACCGAGUCGCAGAUACACGGUUGAGCAUCCGCCGGAAGAAGAAUUUGAGGAGUUAGAAGACAACUAUGAAGAAAUGCGUCCAAGAAAUCAAAGGAACCAUUAUGAUAGAAAUGAUAGAGAAGAUCGUCAACGGCGCAUCCAAGAGAUUCGACAACGUUUGGCAACGUCUGGCAACGAAACGCGAAGCCAGGAAGACGAAUUUGAUGAAUUU